AUGGAAGGACAGGUAUGUUGCAUGGUGAUGAGGAUCAACCUUGACUGCAACUCUUGUUGCAGAAAAAUGAGGAGAAACAUCUUAAACAUGAAAGAAAUAGAGAAGCACUUAAUAGAAAAACAACAAAACAGGGUUAGCAUUUGCGGGAGGUUUAAACCAUCAGAUGUUGCUAUAAAAUUAAGGAAAAAGAUGAAUCGUAGAGUUGAAAUUCUUGAAAUCGAGGAGCUGACUACUCAUUAUGAAGCACAACAUGAACAUUCAAUCAUAAAUCAUUACAAAUACUAA